AUGGGGGGCUUCUCUGUUGAUAAUCCUGACCCGCGUCUGCGCGAGCGUGCAAAGAUGCAAUUGCAGCAGGACACCGGUUCAGACAUCGAACGAUCAGGGUUGAGCAUCGAGACGCCGGCGAAAGCCAUGACCAGAGUCGAAUCUGGCGAGACAGCUGGUCUCUCGGCUGUUCCUGCAUUGGUUGAUGACGAGAAAGCUUCAGCAGGCACGAAGAACGAAUGCACGUCCAAGUACGACCGCGAAGACAGUCGGUUUCGGAAGUUCAUUGCGACACUGAACUCAGAGAACGCGCAGCUUGCCAAGGAGAAAGCAGAUGCCCUCCAACAGUGUGCUGAUAUCCAAAAAGAGCACCUGAUCACCACAGCGGAAUAUGUAAAAAUACACAAAAGAUGGACCGAGAACAACCAAUUACGCAUCAACUUGGAUCAUUCUGUGGCCAAGCGUAUGCAGGAGAAGCACGCGGCGCUCGCAAUGAAUGAGAAAUCAAGGAUAGAAAACGCCAGGUUGUUGCAGGUUCACGCCGACCUGGGCCAAGAAAAUGCCGGCUUGAAGGGCGAGAACGCAAACCUAGUAGCGGCGGUUCAGCCACUCGAAGCUAGAAUUAUGGAACUCCAGGCUGAGGUCGCUUCGUUAAGAGAGUCGCAGAAGCUUGGCGACUCGGAGCGGGAGCAGUAUCGCGCGUUCAAGGCAGAGAGGGAGGAGAGGAAUGCCCUGUCAAAGAACGUUGAAGGCCAUAAUGAGAUCCAGCGGGAGGAUAUUGAUUACAGGAGGGGUCGCUCCAGGGCUCGAUCGAGGAGCCCACGGAGAACACCUGGCAGAGACUCUUGGCCACCUUCUUAUCAAGAGAACGACCGCGGUCCGCGAUACAGAGAGCGCAGCAGGGAACGAUCUCGCCAUCGUGGACCUGACUAUCACACAAGGGGCUCCUACCAAACAUACGAUCAGUAUCGACCCGAAGUUGAUGGUCCACCUACAAGCCCUCGCCACAGAGCACCCAGUCGCCCAGCACGUCGAGGACCGAAUCUUCCAGUCGCACGAGAGCCCAGCCGACUACUUACCCCUCGCGAGACGCCGGAGACGCAUUCCACCACGAACAGCAAACCUCCGCAUGACUCUCCAAACAUGGGCAAAGGCAUAGACGCAUCUGAUGACUUAAGACCAUCCAGCAUACCAACAGGCCCGAAGGCUGAAAGUCUCUUCUCAAUGGGACAAGCCAAGAACAAGUUGUCGAAGCGUGCGAAUAAGAACAAUCGCUCCCGGAGAUCCGGCUGA